CUUUAACCUUUAAUUGAAAGUCGGCUCAGAGAGCUGUGAUUGGUCGGUUCAGUUGAGUGACGCAGACUGCGUCAUCACCAUUGCCAACGAUCCCUCCCAUGUUCAGUACCCGGUGCGCGAGCGGCUGUAGCUAGUGUGACUGUCCUGUGCUGAACAAACACCAAUGUCAACUUAAAUAUGUCAAAUCACUGAAUCAUUUCUGCUGCACGGUGGUCUGGGACUAAUGCCGGGCACUACAGGCAGGAAACAUGCAGCAGAAGCGCAACAUUCAGAUCAUAGAAUGGGAGGACUUGGACAAACGCAAGUUCUACUCAUUUGGAGUCUUCAUGACCAUGGCCAUCCGCACAACGGUCUACCCGGCCACGCUGAUCCGCACCAGGCUGCAGGUUCAGAAGGGGAAGUCUCUCUACACUGGGACCUACGAUGCCUUCCGUAAGAUUCUGAGAGCUGAGGGUCUGAGAGGACUUUACAGGGGCUUCAUGGUGACCACGUUCACGCUCAUAUCAGGGCAGGCGUACAUAACCACUUACGAACUGGUAAGGAAAUAUGUCUCCAACUAUUCUAAAGACAAUACGCUGAAGUCAUUAGUUGCGGGAGGCUCGGCGUCACUGGUGGCCCAGAGCAUUACUGUUCCCAUAGAUGUCAUAUCGCAGCAGCUUAUGAUGCAGGGCCAAGGGGAGCAUCUGACCCGCUUUAAAGUGAAACCCACAGUGGGAGCAAUGCACUCUGUAUUUUUCGGCCAGACGAGAGACAUUAUUGGGCAGAUAUUUGCUGUGGAUGGCAUUCGUGGCUUCAAUCGAGGAUAUGUGGCGUCUCUCCUCACAUACAUCCCCAACAGUGCUGUUUGGUGGCCGUUUUACCACUUCUAUGCAGAACAGUUGUCUAAGAUGGCUCCCAGUAACUGCCCACAUCUAGUGCUGCAGGCAAUGGCUGGACCUCUGGCAGCUGCCACUGCCUCCACUGUCACCAACCCCAUGGAUAUCGUCAGGGCCCGGGUUCAGGUGGAGGGCAGGACAUCAGUCAUUGAGACCUUCAACCAGCUGAUCAGAGAAGAGGGAUUCUGGGGGAUGACCAAAGGCCUCUCUGCUCGCAUCAUAGCCUCAGCGCCCACAGCAAUAGUCAUGGUAGUCGGUUAUGAAACUCUCAAAAAGCUCAGCUUACGCCCAGAGCUGGUUGACUCCCGACACUGGUAAAAAGAAAAGAAACUUUACAGUGUCUGUCAUCUCCCCUAUUACUUAUUCACUCCACCUUAUUUUCCAUUUUUGCCUUUUAAAUCUCCACCCUUGUGAUGUUUCAGUGUGACAGUGCUGAUUGCUUUUGGGUGAUUAUGAAAUUAUUAUUUUUUAUCUAAUAGUAACACUGCAGCUUUUGAGCUGUGUUACUGUCUGUCAAUGGGGGAAAAUGCUGCUCAGGUUUGUAAUCGGUGUAAGAGGCACAAAAGUUUUUCUCGAAUGAAUUUUUAAAAAGUAUGUGAUCUAACAGAUUGGAUGUUUUAGAAAGAGUAUUUUGUGACUAAUUUAUUGCUCGUUGUAUAAGUGGCAUUUUAAAUGUCUUCAGUCAUUGUUGAUUUUCUGUAGUAUAUAAACGAUAUUUCUUUUAAGAUUUAAUUUAGAGAACUCACUUUAUUGUACUGUCCCCACAAUGGCAUUUUAUCAGUAGUAGUAAAGUUUAUAUUGUACUUUAUUAAGUUUAUAUACUUAGGUCUUUUCAUGUGCACAAUGUUCACCUCUGUAUGUGCUUUUCGUUGUUUUUGUGGGGUGUUGGGAUUUUAAUUGUCAAAGCUGAACGAAUAUUCAAGGAAAAUCUGUUGUGGAAUAUAUAAGAGUUAUAUAUUUGUGUGUGCGCCCUUCAAUUUUUACUCGAUCUUUCCGAUCUUUCUUCCAUAACAUGAGCCGAUGUUUAGCAGAAUGUUUGAGCUGCUCUUUUCCAUGCAGUGAAAGUAAAUGGGGAUGAGCUGUCAUACUCUAAAAAGCAUUAUAAUAGUGCAUCAAAAUAUCCAACUUGUGCACAUUGUUCAAAGUUGUCUCAAGUCAUCCAUUCGAAGUGGAAACUUCUGCAAAUCUUUCGUUCUGUGGAGUGUGCCAUUUUGGACAUUCUGCUACAGUUUUCAGUAGAAAUGAGAGAACUGAUGACACUGUUAAUGUUUGGGUGAAUUAUCCCUUUGAGAACAUCUUAUGAUGCAAUUGGAGUGAACUAUGGGACUAUAAAGAAGUGUUUAAACAAUAUGAUGUCUGUGAAGCAGCUGUAAGAUCUCAAAAGAAGAAUGUACCUGUAAAUAUUGCGUAGAGAGUGUAACUGUAUCCAGAAGGACAGCAUUUAGCGCUCAGAUUCUGUGCUGUGUGAUUCUACUUGUCACCGCUAGGGAGCAGCCACUUCUAAAAUGUUAGUCGAUAAUAUACAGCGCUCUAGUCUACUUUUUUUCUCAGUCAUACAUAAACCAGUUAAACUCAUUCCAGUCAUACUAAUUAUAUAUUUAGCAGCUUCUGCUAUUCUGACGCAUUUUCAU